AUGGCACAGGAGAUGAAAAAAGAGCCUGAGACGGACCCCGAGAUCAUUCGGUAAGGACAAUGUCGAUUCUCUAUUUCUCGAUUAUUGAGUUUGGUUUCUUCAAUAGUAUUGAUUUUAAAAAUUUUACCGUUUAAGUGAGGAAGAAGUAGAACCCCAAGGUGUGAAACCUUCAGCAGAGAAUGAUAACUCUAAAAACAAUGAUCAAUUUACACUAUUAGACGAGAGCAUCAGCAAUGUCGCUCAUCACCGACCCUCUAAUAAUCGCAAUGAUGAGAUUACAGUGGAACCGGAGCUGUAUGCUGAAGAGGUAAAUAAUUUUCAAGUUAUAUUGUGGCGACGUUUAGUUAUAAAAUGGAAAUUCUUUAUAGCCUCGUUAUUUCACCCACCGAGAAGGUCCGAAAGCAAGGAGACCUGUCUUUCGAGAAGAGCUUGAUGAAAAUACAAUUCUGAAUGCUGUCAUUGCCGAUGAGGCCUACAUUGAUACUGCAGAUCUGGCCCAGAGGGUUCUCUAUGAACUGAAACAAUACUCUAUUCCCCAAACUUUAUUUGCCGAUAAGAUUUUGUGUCGAAGUCAAGGAACGUUGUCCGAUCUGCUGAGGAAUCCAAGACCGUGGAAUGAGAUGAAAUCGGGGAAAGAGACCUAUAGAAGGAUGUUUAAUUGGCUCCAACAACCUCUUCAUAUUAGACUAUCCAUCCUGAACUUGUAUGAUAUAACAGGUGUAUCGCCAAGUGCCCUUCAACCUUUGCUGCCUCCAGAACAGAAGAGGAAGAUUCUACCGUCCAGUCAGGGCUUGUCUAACACUCCCUGCUCUUCGUACACACCAUCGCCAAGCAAGAAACAACGAUUUUUAUUCACGGAACGGCAGAAGUCCACAUUGAAUACAAUCUUCAACACUUACCCUCGGGUCUCCAAAGAUUUACAGGUAUAAUAUUGGUAAUAUUGGCAAUAAGAUAACAUAUAAAAGAUUUUGCUUAACGUAAUACGAGUCAUCCUUUCUGGUUUAUUAAGAUAAUCUCGUUUAUUACAUGUUGAUAAUGUGUAGGUCCAGUUGGAGUUAAGAUUCGGUUUUUCGUCGCUUCUGCUGAUGUUAUCGCGGCGCAGCGCCAUGCAGUCCCCUGAUUACCUCUCUUUAAUGUGUUAUUUAGGAUAAAAUUGCCCAAAAACUCGGCCUUGAUUCAAAUACGGUUGCCAAUUUCUUUAUGAACGCUCGCCGGAGACAGAAGAUUCAACAACAAGCAAGAGGAAGGGCAGAAUAUGAGACCGAAUACUUGACAGAGGAAUACGAAGACGAACCUGUGGAUGUGACGGAGAUCUCCAACGCUUAA